AUGGUAGAUUAUUACCAACAUCCAGGUAAUAAUCCAUAUCAGUCUGGUUACGAUUACACACAGCAAGAAGAAGAAUGGGAUCGUGAAGGAUUAUUGGACCCGGCUUGGGAAAAACAACAGAAAAAGACAUUCACUGCAUGGUGCAACAGUCAUCUGCGAAAAGCUGGUACCAGUAUAGAGGUAAUUGAAGAAGACUUCAGAAAUGGUCUUAAAUUAAUGCUUCUUUUGGAAGUUAUUUCGGGAGAACCACUGCCUCGCCCAGACAGAGGUAAAAUGCGCUUUCAUAAGAUUGCAAACGUUAAUAAAGCAUUGGAAUACAUUGAAAGUAAAGGAGUAAAAUUGGUAUCGAUUGGUGCUGAAGGAGAAACUUCUGCAUUGGCAACAAUCAGUCAACCUGGUUCAGAUAAGUUUAAAGUUAUUUCAAAUUUGUCGAUAAAAAAAGGACUAGAUAGUAAUCAUAAGAGAAAACCUUGUUCGUUUUUUAACAAAGAUCAUUGGGAUAGUGAUUGUGAAACUUAUCCUUCUUUAAAGCAAAGUUUGGAACGUUUAAUCAAGAUUAAAGCUUGUUGGAAACGCCUCAAAGGAGGACAGAGACCAAUUGAAUACCUUAUGAUUGAGCAACCUUAUGAUUGUGAUGACGAACGAGCGCUAGAACAAUUCAAAAAGAAUAUUAUCCAAAUUAAUGGAAGAUAUCAAGUACGAUGGCCAUGGGAGGAAUCUACAGCUAAAGAUCAAUUGAGCUUUGAUAUAAUUGAAAAAAUUGAACCUUAUAUGAACCAAUGGAAUUAUCCCGAUCAUCAUCGAACAAGUUACAAUGACAGAAAGAAUUUAGGGAUUAUGUGGUCCCUUAAAUUAGACAUCAUAACUCUGAAACCAUGGAUGAGCAAUGAAAUAAUUAAAAGAAAUAUUCUUCAGUUUGUUGCUUCACAGUAUGAUCCUCUAGGAUUUUUAGUUCCUGUGAUUAAUCGAGUUGAAGAAAUUCGGAAAACAAAAUUUAAUUUCCUUUACACAUCUGGGAAUGAGAACCCAGUGGACAUGACUACAAGAGGACUUUCUCUUACAAACCUCAAGAAUUUUAAUUCUUGGUGGUAUGGACCAUCAUGGAGGAAGGAAUGCGAGUGGCCACAAUAUGAGUUUCAAGCACAAGAGCAUGAAGAGCAUGAAGAAAUGGAGAAAACUCAAUGGGGCUGA